CUCCUCCUCCUCCUCCCCCAGCCCCCUCCCCCCCCUCCGCUCCUCCAAUCCGCCCGUGUGUCCCAGUAAAGCGAUUUCAGCGCAUGCAGGGACUCGUCCCCACGGCCACGGAUGGCAACAUGGCGACAGAGUUCCACAACCUGCAGGAGUUGAGGCACAGUGCUUCUCUGGCCAACAAAGUCUUCAUCCAGAGAGACUACAGCGAAGGAACCACCUGCAAGUUUCAGACCAAGUUCCCCUCGGAGCUGGAGAGCAGAAUUGAGCGAACACUGUUUGAGGACACUGUGAAGACUCUGAAUAAUUACUACGCAGAGGCAGAAAAAAUUGGAGGACAGUCCUACCUGGAGGGGUGUCUGGCCUGCGCUACGGCGUAUCUCAUCUUCCUCUGCAUGGAGACACGUUAUGAGAAGGUGUUGAAGAAGAUAGCCAAGUACAUUCAGGAGCAGAAUGAGAAGAUCUAUGCUCCCAGAGGUCUGCUCAUCACAGAUCCCAUAGAGAGAGGAAUGCGUGUCAUAGAGAUUUCCAUCUAUGAAGACCGGGGCUCCAGUGGCUCCAGCUCAGGGAGCAGCUCUGUGUCCGGCAGCACUGCUCGAUGACUGCGUACGUUCUAAAAACCAUGUCCCCCUGAUCACUCACAACUCCAGAGGACAAGCAAGGACAAUAAUGCCACUCCUGUCCCAAUACUUAGAGCACCCUCAGCUAUGCUCACACAAAAGAUCCACUAGCUUAGUAUUUUUGCACCUGAUCUGCCAUCACAUGCUUAAAAUGCUUUUUUCACAGUGAACGCUUACAACGCGCACUUUAGUAGUUCCUUGCAAAGCCAUGUGCAUGCGCACUGACACAGUCAUGUUUGGAUGCAAUGUUUCCAUGAGAAAAAAAACCAUCUAGCUGGUAAUUCUUUGUGUGAUCGUACCAUUACCCUCCUUCCUGUCUUGUCUGGCGGGUGAUAAAAGGGAGGAAGGAAGUGUUAAGACAGGAGUGAAGACCACAAGCCUCACCAAACCUCAUACCUCAGCCACCACAGCUGCACCACGCAGUCCGGAUCAGCCACAGCUGCACCUUGACCACACCGGACCAACCAGGAAGUUGGACUGAACGUGUCACCAACCCUGGCACACCGGACACUGGCUUUUAAGAUGUUAUCUGUAGCUCUAGCUGAGUUGCCAGAUUUUUAGAAAAUGUAAAAAGGAUGUACAAGUAUUUGAGUAGGGCAUCACAAAGUUUCACCUGCCCAGAGCCCAGAUUAACUGUACAAAGAAGCUCUUCCUCCAUCACCCUGCUGUAAAUCAUGCUAUCUGGUAGCAGAUGAAUGUCAUACAGCUUGUCCAUGUAUAUAAUGUAGCAGAUCUUCCAUAUCUUUCACGUGAAGCUAGGUAGAAACACAAACACAGAUGUGUGCACAAAACCAAGUACUAACCUCUUGGUUUCAAUGAGAGAGAACAACUCUUCCUAAAUUUUGAUUAUGCAAAGGCAUACUGUGCAUUUAAUACAACAGUAAGCAGACGAAGGAUGGGUCAAAAAGUCUUCCUCAAUCUCACCUGUAGUGUUUUAAAGUACACCAACCCUUCCUUGACUUCUGAACAAACUUCCAAAGAACAAUAACUGCCAAAAACUGGCUCACAAAAGUGAAUGUGUCUUUUAUUUUAGUGACAUUGUGUGCAAGAACAAAAUUUCGUACUGCUUAUUGUUUGAUACACAUGGCAAUGAGGUAUAUAUGACUGCUGUCAAAUAAAUACUGUUUCAUCACA